AUGAAGUUUGCUUUAGCUGCCGCCGCGGCCUCGGCCCUCUUGGGCCAGGUCAUCGCGGAUGUUGAUCCGAUCGUUAUCAAGGUAUUACCGCUGUUGAUAUACUAUGGCGGAGCUGACAAGUUAGGGCUCGAAAUUCUUCUACUCCAGCAACAACACCCAAUUCUACAUCCGCGGUGUCGCCUACCAACGUAUGCUCAUCCUCCAGUUACUCAAGCACCACUAACAGCAGAAGAGGACUACACUGCCAACAGCACCGACUCCUCGGACAGCAGCUACACCGACCCGCUGGCCGACGAAACCACCUGCAAGCGCGACAUCCCCGUCCUGCAAGACCUCAACACCAACACCAUCCGCGUCUACGCCCUCGACCCAACCAAGAACCACACAACAUGCAUGAACCUGCUCGCCGACGCAGGCAUCUACGUCAUCGCCGACCUCUCCGACCCGUCUGACUCAAUUGACCGCUCCGAUCCCCGCUGGGAACUCUCCUUGUACAACCGGUACACGAGCGUCAUCGACGCCAUGGCCGGCUUCAGCAACACCCUCGGCUUCUUCGCGGGUAACGAGGUCUCCAACACCGUCGCCACCACCGACGCCAGCGCCUUCGUGAAGGCCGCCGUCCGCGACAUGAAGUCGUACAUCAAGGCCCAGAACUACAGAUCCGGCCUCGGCGUUGGCUACGCCACCAACGACGACAAGAGCAUCCGCGAGCAGCUGGCCGAUUACUUCAACUGCCACGAGGAAGACGAGAGCGUCGACUUCUGGGGCUACAACAUCUACUCCUGGUGCGGCGACAGCUCGUACUCGGCUUCCGGGUACAAGGACCGCACGGAGGAGUUCGCCAACUACUCUGUCCCCGUCUUCUUCGCCGAGUACGGCUGCAACGAGGUCACGCCGCGCACGUUCACGGAGAUCGCGGCGCUCUUCGGCGACAAGAUGAAUGACGUCUGGUCCGGCGGUAUCGUGUACAUGUAUUUCCAGGAGGACAACGACUACGGCCUCGUCUCCGUCGUCGACAGCACCUCCGUCUCCACAAUGGCCGACUACAAGUACUACUCAUCGCAAAUCAACUCCGUCUCCCCCUCUGGCACAAACAAAGCCAGCUACACGCCCACCAACACCGCGCUCCAAUCCUGCCCCACCGUAACAAGCGGCUCGUGGCUCGCAAAAGCCACACCCCUGCCCCCAACCCCCAACAGCGAUCUGUGCUCGUGCAUGGACGCCACAAACGCCUGCGUCGCCGACAGCUCGCUGAGCAGCGACGACAUCGGCACGCUCUUCGGCGUCGUGUGCGGCAUGACCGAGUGCACGGGCGUCAGCGCGAACGGCACGACCGGCUCCUACGGCGCGUACGGGAUGUGCCAGCCGAAGCAGCAGCUUAACUGGGCGCUUAACAAGUAUUAUUCCGAGCAGGGGAGUGCGGCGUCCGCUUGUAGCUUUGAUGGCUCCGCCACUACGACGGCGACUACGGCGGCGACGGGGAGUUGCUCGAGUAUGAUGAGCCAGGCGGGGACUGAUGGGACGGGGACUGUUACGGCGACGAGCACCGGGAGUAGCGCUGAGACUACGGGGACGGAGACCUCUGGGGCGGAUGUGCUGAAUGUCGGGGUGGGUGCUGGGGCUGGUGGGUUUGUUGUUGCUGUGCUGGGGUACCUUCUUUAG